AUGUCAUUCCUACGCCGUAUCAUAGACUCCACCCACCCUUACAAGAAACAGAAGAGAAACCCAAGACCCGAUAACGACGACGCAUCACUCGACAUGCCUGCUCUAUUCACUCAAUCGAAACCUUUCUUCCUCAACGUGCCACCCGCCUCACGUCAAUCCAGCGUCCGGAGCUCUCGUCUCGCUGAUGAUAUAGAUAACUUCCUAUCUUCCGACUUGGAGCUUUCCUUCGCGUCGACGGUGUCGCUUCACUCGCCCCCUCGGGACCCGCUCUCGCUGACUCCCGAAAGCGAUGAUUCAGUUGUACCCAUGGACAUCUCCCCCGCGCCCCCGCCGAAACCAGUUGGGAAAGAUGGCAGCAAGCCUUCGCGCCCUCGGGCUUUCACUAGCGCCGCGCGGUUGUUCGGGCGCGAUAUGAGUAACAACGCGUCGAGUACGCCUCAACUUGCCCCUCCCCCUGUAUCCAAACAAGGCUCCAUCAACUCAAGCUCGAAACGCACUCAAAGAGCUGCUCUACCGAUGGAAUGGUUAUCCCGCCCACAGGUAGCUGAUUCGAAUGAAAAUCUAUCACAACCACCGCUGACAAUUCCGACCUCUCCAGGAGACGCAAUGGAUGUUGACUCGGACCCUCCUCUUCCCAUGCCAUCCGCCACCUUCUCUGUCAUGCCCCAUACCGCGGCGCCCACUGUGACCUCCUUCAACAAUCUGUUCUUUGACACCGUGUCGCCUCGCCGUUCGUUUGAGUCGCCCGCUAAACCUCAACACAAGAAGCGCAGGUCAGCCUCCCCCGAGCCUACUCGCUACAACGAGUUCGACAUCUCGUCAUCGCCGGCCCCGUCCUCCCCUUCUCAAGCCAAAUUUGAGCGAAUGCAAGGUAAUUCAUUGCUUGCGCGCUUCAAUAGCAAGCCUACUUUGGAGGGCCUUGGUGCGCCGUCUGCGAAUGGUUUGAAGCGUCCGCGUCGUCCCGCUCUGUCCGCUAUGAUUCAGCCCUCCGACGCUGGUGUGCGAUCAGCUUUCCCCGUGUUGAAUGAACCGACGCAAGAAGACAUAGAUCCCAGGCACCUACCCCCUACCUUGCCACCUACUCGCAGAGCCGUGUCUGCGCUCUUGCCCCCUAAAGGCUUCGGAGACUUUUCAUCUGAUGAAGGCUCCUUCGACGGGCCCGAUAUGUCUUCACCCGCUCAAGCGUAUGCUAAACGCCAGCAAGUGAAGACAAUUCGUCGUUGUGAUGGCACGGACGACUUCCGUCCCUUGACAGGUGCGACGGCAAUGGUGAUGAGGGAGAGCCCCUCUUCCAGGUUUGCUGGUAUGGGUCUACCUGGGUUCGGUGACAACGAAGCUCAUGGUAAGAUCUUACCUUGUCAUCGCGUUGCGGAUGACGGCUUGAUGAGAAUCACGCCCCAGACGUUGGACGCUGUUUUGGACGGUUCGUUCAACGACAAGAUUCGCGACUUUUACAUUAUCGAUUGUCGGUUCGAUUACGAAUACAACGGUGGUCAUGUACCUGGCGCUGUCAACAUGAACACCACUUCUGCGGUGGAAGAGAUGCUCUUGGGCGUUGGUGUGCCCAAGCCAAAGGCGUCUGUCAGCGGCGAUGCUCAGAAGAAGACCAUUCUUAUCUUCCAUUGCGAAUUUAGCAUGAAGCGAGCCCCCACAUUUGCAAAGCACUUACGCGCGAAAGAUCGUGCAAUGAACAACCACAACUACCCGAAGAUCCACUACCCCGAAGUUUAUAUUCUUGAAGGUGGUUAUUGUCGCUACUUUGAGGCCUCUGGCUUCCGAUGCCAGCCACCAGCAUAUGUACGCAUGGACGAUCCUGAUCAUGCUACUUCCCGCCGCGAAGACCUUGACCAGUUCCGCAAAACAAAGUUCGGCCGUCACAAGUCAUAUACUUACGGCGAUGGCGUCAAGUUGACUGCUGGUUCCAACCCUCCCGCUCAGCCAAAGAGAAAUACGGUACCUAGUGCUGGCCCUACCACUCUCUUUGCGGCCGCUAAUGCCGCACGAACUCGUCGUGGGACACUCGGCGGUUUAUCUACGCUCGCCGAGGAUACGGACAAGACCAUCGACACUGAUGACGAAGAUACCGACAUUGGUGAUAGUCCCUGCCCCCCACCAAACAAAGGCAUGGCUUCCAAAUUGAAGAUGCCUCUCCGCAGGACGCUUAUUCGCGCUGAGACCUAUGGUCCCACUGGUAUGUCUUAUUGUUAA